GAACGGCUUCAAAAUGAUCGCCGGCUGGCUCUCACAGCUACCGUGUGCGCCACGACACCGACAGUUCGCAUCUGCCCAUAGUGAUACCAACACCGGGAACGCACAGGACAGACACCCACGCCAACGAUGGCCACCUUCAGCAAAACCACCUUUGACGCUCUCUCCUACGCUUCCUCACGCCCAACGUACCCCCGUUCCCUGUACAAUUAUAUCUUCGACUUCCAUCGCCAUCGAUAUCGGCCCUCUUCGCAAUCCCUGAAGACGGAUGCAAACGCAAACGCAAGGUGGGGGCGGGCAGUGGAUUUGGGUUGUGGAACGGGCCAGGCAACAUUCGAACUGACGCCUUUCACACAUGUCCUCGGGAUCGAUCCCAGCGAGAACAUGAUUCAAUCAGCACGCGAAGCUCUGAAGAAGCGUCAGCCCCAGCUGCAGCAAGUCGAUGACGUAUCUGACGUCGGUUCCCGGCCUCCUCAGAGCCCAGGACAGACGAUCGGGUUCAUUCAGUCCCCUGCUGAGUCACUCGAUUUUAUCGCAGACGAAAGCGUCGAUCUCGUCAUUGCAGCCCAGUCAUGUCACUGGUUUGAUUGGUCCAGGGUUUGGCCCCAACUCGCAAGGAUACUUCGUAAAGGCGGGACUGUUGCUGCUUGGGUCUACACUGAGUUCCGCUUUCCCACUCACCCUAAUCUCACUCCACUUAUUUUGCACUAUUCUGAAUCCCAUGACACGACAUCAUCCAUCGGACGAUAUUGGCAACAACCUGGUCGGAGCAUCUUAUGGAGGCAUCUCUUGGAUGUUCCUGAGCCUAAUUCCAUGCUUGACGCUACCACCGGAGCGACGGAAGUGUUCGAGCCAUUAGACAGGGUAUAUUUUACAGGUUCAUAUUUCCCGGAACUUCCACCCUCUGAAACCUUGCCGGUUCUCAUGCGUAAGAUGAUGACGUGGUUGGAUAUACUUGGAUACCUUGAGACGUGGAGCGCUCUACACGCGUUCAGAGAAAUGCACCCAGAGGAUGCAGCGAAUCCCGAGGGACCAGUCGAGGUGAGGUUUUGGAACAAUUUGAGGAAAGGGGCGGCACUCGGCGCUGCUGGUAAACAGAGUGGGACUGAAAAUGAGGAGUAUGAUAUGGUCGAGCCGGAUGCGGAGGUCGAGGUUGAGUGGGGUGUAGAUAUGAUCCUCGCUCGAAAAAGAGCGUGAUUUUGAAGGCAGAUCGUAAAUUCAUGCAAGCAUUUUAUCGAUAUCCUUUUACAACGACGCUAUCAUUGGCAUGCAAAACCCACUGUCGAGUGGCGCUGGUCAAACCGAGUAAACCAAAUCUCCCCCCCCCCCCUCUCCCGCAUCAUCAAUAUUGGAUGAUGAAUUCCUCGACAUGGCUCUCAGUCUCGUCGCGGGCAUUCAAAUGUUCACGCUUGGAGUAUAUCACAUGAUGCAUGAUACAUAAUGGAUCAUUCUGUCGCAAGCCACGGAUCCAACCCAACUAAUAGUGUCGCAAAUCGGCAUCCAUAUUGUCUAGGCUUGCUCUUUUCUAUCUCAUACACUGCUCAAUCCGCGAAUUACGACUUAGUCUCGACACCCCACCGACAAUUGUGCCGGAUUUCCCGCAAACGUUUGUACACAGGAUGGUAAAAUUAACGAAAGCUGAAAGUACCUUGUAGGUUUCCCCUACUACUGUAUGUAC